AUGCUUGCCAUAAGAGAAAGGUACGCUGUGACGCGGUCGGGCGGCAGACGUGCUCGAACUGCGAAGCCGUGGGAAACAUAUGUCGGUAGGGAUAUAUCCAUCCGAAAGUAUCCCUGGAUCAACAUGUGCUCACCGUUGUUGUUUCUGGUGUUGAGUAGGUUUGAUGUCGUUGAGGCCCUGUCCCGUAAGAACAACGAUCGAAGGCAGGGUCGUAGUCCUGUCACUGCAUCAUUCACUAGUAGCUCCGAGAUCGGUCAAGCGAACCAAAGUGCACCGUCACCAUCACAGACAGGUGCCAUUGUAAAUAUACAUGGGGCCCAACAACGCUCCACGCCAAUACCAGGCUUGGAUCAUGUGUUAGACGCUGCGGCUCAAGAUCAGAGCAACGAAACCCUGGUCGACAAUGGGCUGGUGGAUUUUUACCGGCGUGGCAUCCAUUCGCAAACGUGGACGCUUUUCGACAAACCCUCUGAUGCUCGAAUGUGCUACAUUGGCACUUCGUUGUCGAAUUUGUCCCAACUGGUCAGCGUCGAGAGGUGUGGUGAUGGCAGUGCAUUGCACUAUCCUACUCCUCAGAUCCGCCGCAUUGUCUCAUGGAAGCCAGGGACGGAUCUCCCUAAUUUCCAACACCAGAGCGACCUUACGCAUGACUUGACUUUGUUCCCAGCACAAGAUGUGCGCGACGCCUUAGUCGACGCCUUCUUCACGGAGAUUCAUCCUGGUUUUCCCGUGGUCGACGAGAGUGAAUUCCGUGCGAGCUACAUUGAUAAAGAGUCCCCUCCCCCGCUCUUACUGUACCAAGCUGUCUUACUUGGCGGCGCACGCGUCUGCCAGCACCCCAAGGUAGCAGAGUCUCGGUCCUUCGUUAAAGCAGUUCUUUACCGGCGAGCUAAAACUCUGUGGGAUAUGCGUUUCGAGAAUGAUAGAGUGACUCUAAUUCAGGCCGCGUUAAUUUUCUCGUGGCAUGUAGAGACUGCAGACAAUGUUAGCGCGGGGAGCUACUACUGGAUCUCCGUGGCUUGUGGGAUAGCGUAUGGGUUGGGAAUGCAUAGAAAUCUGACACAAUCCUCGUCCACGGUGAUGCCGCAGCCUGCUAGACACCUGUUCCGGCGGUUGUGGUGGACACUAUUUCAGUCCGCUGUUGCCACCGCACUGGAGCAUGGAAGACCAUUGUUGAUUCAGAUGAAGGAUACUGACCAGCCACCGCUGACGGAAGCAGAUCUCGUCGAAAGCGACGGGUCAGUGAACAGAAACAUCCACCUGGAGUACUGUGUUCAGAAUAGUACGCUCUGUGAAAUAAUUGCCGACAUCAUGAACAUGCAUUCUCCUGGCUCACUGCAAAAGAAUAGUCUCGCGGAAAGGGGCACUCUGGACUGUCGACUGGCUGCCUGGCUUAUGGCUCUUCCGCCCAUGCGUGACUUCUACAUGUUGCAACUUAGUCUACACUACAACACGGCUCUUCUUCACCUUGAUCGCACAACAAUCCAGAUGGUCACCGCGCCAGAUCCCGCUUACUCGUCUAAGCUGUGUGGUACGGCCACCGACUCGAUUGUGAGCAUCUUUGGGUCGAUGAUCCAAGCACAAACCAUUCGCAAAUGUUACAUUACCAGUUUGACAGCAGUAAUGGCAGCGGCGAUUCACGUAACACGCGAAAUGCACCUCGCGAUCCAACAACACAUGACGUUACUCGCUCUGCAAUCCCAGUCUCAGCUUGAAGCCCUUUUCCCCAUCAUGGGAGAAUUGGCUCAGUCCUGGCCGACUGCAAAGGCCAUCCUCAAACUUUUUCAACAUAUCUUGGAGCGAUCCAAAACAGCAAUGGUAGCCCAGUCUGUGAACAACGUCUCCAAUCUUGAUGCUCUACUCACCCCAGACCUGGAAUACCCACCAAUGGACUGGGAUCUGAUUUUCUCCACCCUGCAUCCCGACGAUUCCCUUGAGCACACUGGUCAGGACUGGUCUAACGUUGCUUCUUGGAUACGGAAUUAA